GGGAUUUUGCUCUGUCAGUAACACAUGUGGAUGGGCGGCGGAAAGAGACGCGCACGGAGAGGGGGCCUCCCUGCGAGUCCUGCCAGCGCCGCCGCCACGGAACCCCAGCGGUAGCAGCAGCGGCUCCUCGCCCCGGCCCCUCUCCCGCUGCCCGUGUGCGGGGCUCCGAGGCGCUUUCCCGAGCGGCGGGCGGUUGGUUCUCUGCUGCAGGAGGCUCCGGACCCGGCCAAGGAGGGUGGAGGUUGAGGGCGGGGGGAGCGAUACAAAGUGAAGCCACAUUGCCAAACUUACCCAGCGAUUGCAGCGGCGCCCUGCGCCUACAGCCCAGCGGCCGGGACUGAGCGCCGCGGCUCCCCUCCAGGAAGCGGGGGCUGGAGGGAGGACUCUGCCGCACGUCUCGCGUCUGUAUUUUGCCAGCCGGGCUGCACUGACUGGCGUGGGGGGCUCUGCCGGCGGACGCGAGCCCCAGCCAGCGAGCAUUGUGUUGGUUCUUUGCAAGAAAACCGCCUCCCCCCCGAUACACCACCCUAUAAACCAGAGCGACGCUGCUCCCCGACCUCUUGCAAUAUAGAGGGGAAACAGACCAUGGUGAACCCGGGCAGCAGCUCACAACCUCCCCCGGUCACUGCUGGCUCCCUCUCGUGGAAAAGAUGCGCAGGCUGCGGGGGGAAGAUCGCGGAUCGCUUCUUGCUCUACGCCAUGGACAGCUACUGGCACAGCCGAUGCCUGAAGUGCUCCUGCUGCCAGGCUCAGCUGGGGGACAUCGGCACCUCCUGUUACACCAAGAGCGGUAUGAUCCUGUGCAGAAACGACUACAUCAGGUUAUUUGGAAAUAGUGGUGCUUGCAGCGCUUGUGGACAGUCAAUUCCUGCUAGUGAGCUGGUCAUGAGGGCACAAGGCAAUGUCUAUCAUCUUAAGUGUUUUACAUGCUCUACCUGCCGGAAUCGCCUGGUCCCAGGAGACCGGUUUCACUACAUCAAUGGCAGUUUAUUUUGUGAACAUGAUAGACCUACAGCUCUCAUCAAUGGCCAUUUGAAUUCACUUCAGAGCAAUCCACUACUGCCAGACCAGAAGGUCUGCUAAAAGGUCAGAGUAAUGCAGAAUGCGUGCCUUCAUCUCAAAUUUUGUUCAUCACAGAUGGAUCCCAUGUCUCCAGUAGACAAGUCACCUUUGUAGCUAGCAUCAAUGCCAGCUCCAUGCCAUUGCACCUUCUUUAUUCUUGAUUGCCCUUCCUACAUUUAUUGGUGUAUUAAAAUGACUGAAUAUGAACAUUAAGGACUCCAUGAACCUGGGCUAAUGGGAGACUGUAGAGAAAAUGAAAAAAGAUCCAC